CACGUGACAGGCGGGGCGCGUGACCUGAGGGGCGGGUGAGGCGGGGGCGGAGCCUCGCGCGGGGGCAGCUUCCGGGGGGCCAUGUCGGUGGCGUUCGUGCCGGAGCGACUGCGAGGGAAGGCGGAGGUGAACCAGGAGACGCUGCAGCGGCUGCUGGAGGAGAACGACCAGCUGAUCCGGUGCAUCGUGGAGUACCAGAGCAAGGGCCGCGCCACCGACUGCGUGCAGUACCAGCACAUCCUGCAUAGAAACCUCAUCUAUUUAGCUACGAUUGCGGAUGCGAUGCCACCCGGCGCCCCGAAGCCCGCGGAGUGACUGCACACGACUGGACGCGAGCAGCGGCACUUUCAGAAUCAGUAGAAAUACUUAGUUCAGCCCCACUUUGAGAGCUGAGAAGGUGCAGUCUUGAAAGGCAGGUAAAAGCCAUCCGUGCUUUUGUGUUAACAACAUGGAUGUAGAUUUGGAUUUAUUGCCAUUUGGUAAUGGCUUUUCUCCCAUUAUUGUAAGCAUAACUUAGGGAUGAUAAUUAUUUGAUCACACUUCCUUUUUCCCCCCGGAAAAACUCCUUGUAGAACUACUGCAGCUCUGAAACAGCCUGGUUGUCAGGGCAGCACCACAGCGGUGCCUCUGGAGGGCUGCCUCAGGACCAAGGCUGUGCAGCAACAGGGUAAGAUCUACCUUCAGCCCCUUGUCUCUGCCUCCAGCGUGACAGUGCGAGUUGCGCAGGGCCAUAGAUAAAGCAGCAGACAGUUGUAUAUUGUUUCAUGGGAAUUCUGCUUAAUAAGCUAAAGAUGUUCUUUGUAAACUAACAAAGGAGCAGCUCGGUGAUUUAGUGCAACAGAAAUGUUAACUUCUGUAGGAAAGCUGGGACUGUUGUGUAACUUGGAGCAAUCAAGUGCAAGGGAAAACCUGAGUCUUUAUUUCAGCAAGGGAGGGCUCCGCGUUUGCCCCAGUUGUGUCAACUUUACCUUUUGCUUGAAAUGCUGUGUACUGCAGACUCUGUAAA